CCGCAGUGCUGCAAACAUCCGUGUGUAAACCAACGGACAGUCUUAUUCCGCAGGAUCACGAUUCUCUUUUCUAAUAUACCAACUUCGUUUGUCAAACCACACGUUAAAGAUUUACCUCCGGGUACAAAGAAGAAUAUAGGCAAAUGGUGCCAGUAUUGCGUCAUCAAGGAAUUCAUGAAACGAAAAAAACUAUGGCCAACAUCACUCUGGAUGAAACUCUACGACCGCUGUGGAAGUUAACUUAUUACUGCGGAAUUUUGUUGGAUUGGUGCCGGCCGAUCUCUGAAAAUAAUCAUCGUUUUUGGAAGGCUUCACGUUACCUAUGCAUCGUGAUGUGCUCUUUCCUGCUUGUUUUCGUUUUCACAUUUGAGUUGGCGCAAAUAUUCAUUGGAAUCGAGAGUGCUCUCAAUGUCCAUCUCGUCAUAUUAAACAUCGUUUGGUGUAUCCCGGGAAUGGUUGGUGUCCUCAUACAGGAGCAGUUCCUACGGCAUCGGCGUGAGUUUCUCGCAUUCUUCAAAGGCUGGAGACGACUAGAAAUUGAAAUCACCAAGUUGAAUCCCCAUUGCAUAAUGUGUAAAUCACGAAGGAUUCAUUUGGUGAUGUAUACCAUUCACGGUGGCCUGGCAAUCGCUGGCUUGAUUUCACUUGGAUUCGAAAUAUUUAAUCGUCCAGAUGCAACGUAUUUGCUUUCUUACUAUAAGACUAUUCGUGAUUCUGUGCCAUUGCUGUUGAUUUGUUUUGUUCAUUUGGCUGUCAUUUGUUUGACUUUAUUCUUACUAACUCUAAGUGAUUUAGUUACGUCGUUUACUUAUUAUCACGCAGGGCUUGCAGUUGAUUGUCUCGAGAAUUUCGCUAGAACAGUAUUUGCUAGAGGUUUUAACACCGAGGACAGGCUGUUCAUUACGACAUUAGAUGAUAAUAACCAAUCGGAGAAUGCCUGUAAAAGUUUAACCAAAUCGUCAUCUUCGAGUGCUGAAGUUCGUGUUUCCAUUCAACUUAUUUGGGCCCGUUUUGAUAACAUAGAUCAAUUGAUUAAUCAAGCUAAUUCACUUUUCGGGAAGUUUUUAGUGUGCAGUCAAGGUGUGUCAUUAUUCAUGAUAACUGCUUUACUUUAUUCAGUGUUUUAUUAUUUGGGAGACGCCCUCAGAUUGAGAUCGACUGUCCUGAUUCUUCCCUAUGUCAUGAAUUUCCUGGGUAUAGGUUUUCGUUUCAUCUCUAGCAUGCUAAUUUCCUCUCAGUUGCAUCGAUCGGUGGGUAAGUUUCGCAUGUCUCUCAACUAUCUGUUGAGCCAACAUUGGAAUCAAAUGAGCAAACAGGAUCGGUACUUGUUGCGUUCUUUCCUGUCUCGCCUUUGCACCGAUUCAUUAGUCGCUUGUCCUCUUGGCCUCUACAACAUCACCCCGUCCAUCUUGCUCAGUAUAGUUGGCCUGGUAGCCAGUUACGUCAUUGUUUUACUUCAAUCGAAAUGAUUAGCAAAACUAUAGGCUACUAUAAGAAAUAUACAUGGACAUUUUGCGGGGGCAGUUGAAUGUAACAGCUAAUUGAAGUAAAAGCUAUGGACGAAUGUAUGAUGAAGACAUUAAUGUAGAAAUGAAUAUAUUAUGUAUUUUCUCCUGUUUUUUUUUAUGGUUAUUUUUGUUGCUUGGCUAUUACAGCAAUUUUCAAAGUAUGUGCUACACGUGUCCCGUAAUAUCAGUGAGUGUAAAACAAAUACCACGUACAUUAAUCGCAAAUUCAACAUACGUUGACUUAUCACGAUACGCAGAACCUACAAAACCAAUAAGCUCGUUCGUGUUAAUAUUUCAUCCCCCCCCCCAAAAAUAAAAAUGGCUGUACGGUUCUCUUUCGCCACACAUACACGUAAAUUGCUACAGUAUAU